CACUGGACACUAUAUGUAUGUCUAAUAGACACGCCGACGCCCUUGGCGACUAUUUUACAGAAAAAACACACGUCAAACGUGAUAAUCGGAUCUGUAAUGCCUUGGAAAAGUCAUAUGUUUUAUUUCAUAGUGACGGUGACUCUCGUGUCCUUACAGCUUUGUAAUGGACAAGCUGUUGAUUCAGAGGUUGGUGUGCAAAGGCCUUCAUCAUCAUCAGGCAGCGUUCACUUCAGAAGUGUGGUGUCUGAUGUUGAACCUGAAUCUUUGGCCUCAGCACGACGUGGCUCACUUGUCUUCAAGUUUGACGGACAGAGGCACCAAAACUGGACUCCAGUGUUCCACAACCUGAUGCACGCAAAACUGAAGCGCUUGGAUCCAUCGGUACAAUGUAGUGACAACUUGAUGACUCUGAAGGUCAGAGGGGUCAGAGCUCCUCACUUUCUCGUGGAUAGUGGUGAAGGGCAUCUUAUUCCUUUGUCUCAAAUGCCUCCUAAAUGUGGCUUCUCUGUGAAGAGGUCCCGCAGAGAUGUGCGCUUUGCUGCACCCUACCAGAGCUGCAAUGUUACCCAGCAGGGUGGUGAUUAUGUGCUACCACUGCGUUUAUGGGGGGCACCAAUGACACUCUCCUGCCCUGCUGUGUUACCACCACCCACUGUUUCCUGCUUCCCAUCUGGGAUGGUGCUAAAGAUAAGUGGUAUUACAGCAAAUGAACUCAACGUUAAAGUGUCUGGCACGUGGAAAUCUCUUUCAAUGGUCUGUAGCAGUUGUGGGAUUGCUGUUGAAGUCCUCCCUGGAGGACUGACUCUCACUGCACCCUACAACAGAGGCUUGUGCAUAGAGACUAAGGGUGAAAAGUAUUUACUCACUCUUCUGUUGGCGGAUGUUGGGCUCUUAGUCACAUGCCCUUCAUUACUGGAUACCAAGCCUACCACAACAACUAAGCCUACCACAACAACUACGCCUCCCAGGGAUAGUGGCCAAAGCCAGCAGUAUCCUCAGUACCCACAGUUUCCAAUGUUUCCUCAGUACCCAGUGUUUCCUCAGCCUCCAGCACUCACUCCUCCUCCUCCUCUCCUUCCCAUGCGUACAGUGGCACCUUCGCCACAAGGUCCACAGCUUCCCUCAAGCUCUAAUACUGAAGCACCUCCAGCUGAGCAUAAUGCAUUUCCAUUCAUGCCACAGUAUCCACAGUUCCUACAGUACCCUCUGUUUCCCAAACCUGUACCACCAACGCAACCUGCUAUUGCUAAUGAAAACACUGCUGCUCCUCUGGCCCAAUUACCUCAGAUGCCGCAGUCUCCAGAGUAUCCAUUUUCUUUUUUCCCACAGUUCCCUAUGGCACCUGGAAUUUUCCAUCCAACUACCCCUCCUCCUCCUCCUCCUGCCACAAGCACAGAGGCUUUGGUAACCACACCUGCCACUAGCAUUAAGCAUGAUGGGAAGCCUUGUGUUCACCAGCAGCCACCGCUUCUAAUGCCCCCUCAGUAUCCUUUACUGCCAGACCCUGAACCCUCACUGCCUCCACAAGGUCAAAGUCAAGCUGUUCAGGAUCCCAAACCAUAUCAUGUGUACCCUCAGACCUACCAGAUCCCCGUGUUGUAUCCUCCUCCAAAGUAUCCUUCUCAAAGACAAAAUACUCAAACUGCUGCUCCUACUACCACCUCAGCAACCAGUGCAGCCAACACCCUAAAACCUGCUGCCCAAAAGCCAUUUUAUUACCCACACCCUUAUAUGCCAGCAUAUUAUGUUCCUCCGCACACUGCCAUGCCGGUAUUUCCUGAUCCUCCGGGUACACCUCCUGCAAACUCGGCUCCAUCUGACAAGCAGGAACAUCAGCCUAUCUAUGCCAUGCCUCCAUUCUAUUAUUACCGUUCUCAUCAAAGACCAAAAAGAGCUGCAAGACACUCGUAAAGGUUGUGCUGAUGGCUCCCAGGAACAUCAGACUCUCCUUUUUAUGUGUUUUUAGUUUGGUUAACUUCACAGAUGACCCUCUAUGGACACACUCCUUGAAAUAGAAAUGGACUGAAAUGAUAUUACAAUAAAGGGCAAGGUUAUUGCCUGAACUUG